UACGUGGGAAAGGGGAAGUUGAGUAGGAUGUCAGGGUGGACGCAGGCUGCGGUGUUAAACGUGUUUAUAUGUAGUUGAAGGGGGUUUGGAUGAAAAUAAAUCCCUCUGAAUGUGAUGUGGAGGAGAACUACGAUUCUUCUGUGGAAAUGUGGAUAAAACCAAACGACCAGACGACUCGGAGACUGAAGCGACCCAGGAGCUUCAUCACCCGGGCUGGAUGUUAAAGGCGCUUUCGCUGCUGCUGUACGCAAGAAAAUGACAUUUUAUACAAACUAAACUUGCUAGAAAUAUAAAAAAGAGAAAAGGCUGAUAUUUAGUAGACAUAGCCUGCUGUUUUGUUCAUUGUAGGUUAGUAGCUACAAAACUAGCACACCAAGCUAGCAUAAACAAGACUUAAAGAAGUCAAAUACACGGUUUUAAGUUAAAACAAACAAACAAACAAACAAACAAACCAGUUUUGGUGAGGAAAUUAUGAUUAGUUGCACAUUAGCAUCCUUGCUAAGUGCUACCUGGUUGCUUCAUUAGGAUGCUGAUCCAUAGCGUCCUUAGUGAUGUUAGGUAGACUGGUUUAAACCUAAAUAAAUAAAUAAAUAAAUAUGGGUUAUAUAAUAAUAUAUCCGCUUUACUGAGCUUUCCAGGAGAAAAUGAAGGAUGGAAAAAAACAUUAACUAACAUUUUACACACACACUUUCCCCUGAGAGGCCGCUCUCUUUCCGGAAGCUCUGUCAUUUCUUUGAGGAGUUGAAAAUAUCCCGCUAAAGCUCGUAAACAUGGCGAACACCGGAGUCAGCGCGAUGCUGCUGUCCCGACCCGAGGAAGGAAACGCAGCCGGACACCUGGUGUCCAGAGCCGGGGAAGGAGCCGCGUCAGGGCCGCUGCUGCCCUCCAACUCCUCUCCCACGGACACGGAGAUGAAGGGAUGCGCUAACGGAGACCUGAUGGACAGCUUCGGGAUCUUCCUGCAGGGCCUGCUCGGGGUGGUAGCCUUCAGCACCCUCAUGUUGAAACGCUUCAGAGAACCCAAGCACGAAAGAAGACCCUGGAGGAUCUGGUUUCUUGACACUUCCAAACAGGCCAUUGGGAUGCUCUUCAUUCACUUUGCCAAUGUGUACCUGUCAGACCUCACCGAGGAGGACCCGUGUUCACUAUACCUCAUAAACUUUCUGUUGGAUGCUACACUGGGCAUGUUGGUGAUUUAUGGUGGUGUGAAGGCCGUCAGUGCCGUGGUCGAGUGGAGGCAGUGGGACUCGCUGCGCUUCGGAGAGUAUGGGGAGCCAGUACAAUGCACUGCCUGGGCAGGCCAGUGUGCGCUAUACAUCCUAAUUAUGAUGUUUGAGAAGGUGGUCAUCAUCCUGGUGCUUCUAAUCCCUCAGUGGAAGAAGCUGGCUAUGCUGAACCCCAUCACAAACCCACAGCUGGAGCUGGCUCUCGUUAUGCUAAUCGUGCCGUUCUUCGUUAAUGCACUGAUGUUCUGGGUCGUCGAUAACUUCCUGAUGAAGAAAGGCAGGACAAAAGCCAAGCUGGAGGAGAGAGAGGUUGGGGACGAUUCACGAGGUAGCAGCAAGGUGCGCUACAGACGAGCGCUCUCUCACGACGACUCCGAAUCAGAGAUCCUGUUUUCGGCGGAUGACGAAAUGGAGGAUUCGGACGGCGACGAGGAUGUACGCAGGCUCACCGGUCUCAAAACUGUUAAGAAAAAGAAACACCGACUGGGCAUUCCUCCAGGAGAGGUGAAGAAGAAGAAGCGUCCGCCUAUGAAGGAGGAGGACCUGAAAGGGGCCCGCAGUAAGCUGGGCCUGAAGGGAGAAGUGAAGAGUAAAACGUAUGAAGUCAUGGUGGAGUGUGAACGUGUGGGCAAGACAGCUCCAUCUGUGUUUAGCGGAUUGCGCACUGGAACAGAGACGGCAUUGGACAAACCCAAAGCUCCAUCGGGGAGCGUCUUCGGCAAGUGAGGAGAUCUGGAAUCCAUCUGCGUUAAAGUGAAAGAUGGCUGGCAGCCCACUGUGGGCUAAUACUUUAUAAACCAUUUUUAAGAAAGGCUGGUGUCUAGUUAUAUGAUGAUUGAACUGGAAUUUGGAAUUACACAUAUCUUAUUUCCAAAUGUUGAAUUAAUUUUUGUAUAAUUUGUACAAUUUUUCUAAACAACUACAUAGGUGUUUGGUUGAUUCUUUUGUUCCCAUUUCAAGUCUUAUAUUUUAUACAUUAAAGCAUUCUAACGACAA